AUGAUAAGGCAGUCCAUACGUAGAAUACACAAUAGUCUAAAAGAUAUACCAUACGAACCAAUACCCAAAAACAAAUAUAAUUCCAAAAGAUCAGGAUUCAAUUUCAAACCUAAAACUCAAGAAGGUCUAGUAUAUAACCCACCAGCAGCAAUAAUAAAACCAUCAAUGCAAACCCCAUAUAUUUUUCUUCCACCAAAUGAUCCAAGAAGAGAAUUAGCAAAACAACAAAAAAUAUCUCAUGAUAUAAUAUUGGAUAUGCCAAUCAUAAGACAAUUUAAAGCAUCAAAUGAAAGAGAAUACAAUAUAACGUCAGAAACUAUAGAGAAAAUAAAAGCAUUAAGAUCUGAAGAUCCUCAAAAAUGGAAUUUUAAAGAAUUAAGUAAAAAAUUUAAUAUUGAAUUACCAAAACUUGUAUAUUUUUUCAAAACUGAGUUAUCGAAACAGAAGAAAUUCAAGAAUGAAAUAAACGUACCUAAAUUUAUAACAGAUAGACAAAAGAGAAAGCAAAUGUGGAUGAGAAAUGAGUAUUAA